AUGUCCAAACUCCCUUUCCAGACCCUCAAGACAUUCUCCGACGCUCAUCCAAAGCCAUCGAACCGUCACUUCCAAUAUGGCACGGCAGGAUUCAGGACCCUAGGAAGCACCCUCGAUUCGGUCAUGUUCCGAGUGGGCGUUCUCGCUGGUCUUCGAAGCAAGAGACUCGAUGGUAAGACUAUCGGCGUGAUGGUGACGGCUUCGCAUAAUCCUGAGCAGGACAAUGGUGUCAAACUGGUCGAUCCUCGUGGCGAGAUGCUAGAAGCCUCUUGGGAAGCCCAUGCGACGGUUCUCGCUAACGCAGCGACUACGGAUGAGUUCCUCACUGCGCUGGACGCGUUGGUGAAAGCCGUCAAGAUCGAUGUUUCCAAACCAGCACGAGUGGUAUACGCGAGGGAUACACGCUCAUCAGGACCGGCUCUCGUUGCAGCAUUGGAAGAUGGAUUCAAAGCCUUGGGCGUCGAAGCGCGGGAUGCCGGAGUCACCACAACGCCCAUUCUCCACUACCUAGUGAAGGCGAUCAACACGAAAGGCACUCCCGAAAGUUAUGGUGAAGACUCUGAGGAUGGUUAUUACAAGAAGCUGAGCGGAGCCUUUAAGAAACUCGUUGCGGGUAAAACGAAGCCAGAACCGCUCGUCGUUGACUGUGCCAACGGAGUUGGAGCCCAUGCUGCUGCCAAACUUGCUGAAUACCUCGGGGAUAGUAUCCCACUCAUCCUAGAGAACAUCGCGACUUCGACCCCUGGCGUGCUGAACGAGUCCUGCGGCGCUGACUACGUCAAGACCACGCAGAGGCUACCUCCCAACCUCAUGGAUAAGCUAAAACCGGGCCAACGAGCUUGCAGCCUUGACGGCGAUGCUGACCGUCUCAUGUACUACUAUCUCGAUGAACGCGGGCACUUCUACAUGUUGGACGGUGAUAAAAUCGCCGCGCUCGUUGCCGCCUUUAUCGUCGACCUUGUGAAACUGGCAGGACUGGACUCGGAGAUCAAGGUCGGGGUCGUCCAGACGGCUUAUGCAAACGGUGCUUCCACGAAGUAUCUGUCAGAACGUUUGCCAGUGAAAUGUGUUCCUACAGGCGUCAAGCACCUCCACCACGCUGCUGAACAUUACAACAUCGGUGUCUAUUUCGAGGCUAAUGGCCACGGAACUGUCCUAUUCUCUCCAACAACUCAAGAAAAGCUUGCCAAGCACGAGCCUUCGACACCCGCGCAGUCGACAGCCUUGAACCACCUGAUCAAUCUAACACAACUGAUCAACCAGACCGUCGGUGAUGCCCUGUCCGACAUGCUUCUGGUCGAGGUUGUCCUUGCCCACAAGUCGUAUUCGGGCGUCGAGUGGAACUCUCUCUACGCUGAUCUUCCCAACCGUCUUGUGAAGGUCGUCGUCAGUGACAGGAACGCGUUCAGAACCGAGGAUGCAGAGCGUCGUCUUGUCAGCCCCCACGGCUUGCAGACAAGGAUCGAUGAACUUGUACGAAGGUACGGAGGUGGACGAUCUUUUGUUAGACCAAGCGGGACGGAGGAUGUCGUUCGGGUUUACGCCGAGGCGUCGGUGAGAUCGCAGGCCGAUGAACUCGCAUUCCGUGUUGCCGGUAUUGUGUACGAUGAGGCAGGCGGAGACCCAUCCAGGCGUCCUAAAGAAUUCCUUUGA